UCCGCCCACUUGUUUCAAAUACUCGAGCUUUCGGUCAGCUAGUUUUAAUCCCUCUCUUCAUUCUGUGAUCCAUCAUCUAUUUCCGAAUUCAACUCAUGGGUUCAAUGAAUGAAGAUGAAGUAGUCAUUGAUCAGGACUUUUGGGUUAUUCAAAUAAAGGAAUGCCUGCAAAGACAUGGCGAGCAAGAAGAAGAAAGGGACUUAUGUGUAUCCGUUUUCGGUGUGCCCAAAGAGAUGUUGACAGUAAAGCCAGAAGCAUAUAUUCCACAGUGCGUCUCCAUUGGACCAUAUCACCAUUGGAGAUCCCAACUGUUAGAAAUGGAGAGAUAUAAAAUAGCUGCUGCGCGAAGAUUUCAGAAGACACUAACCUGUGACUGCAAGUUCGAAUCUGUAGUACAAGAGAUGAAGAAUUACGACUGGCAAAUCAGGAACUGCUACCAAAAAUUUCUUGACUACGAGGAGGAAACCCUUGCAUGGCUCAUGGCUCUGGACGCAUCGUUCGUGCUCGAGUGCUUGCAGUUCUACGCAGAAGGAAAGGAUCAGGCUUCUUCGCAAAUGUCAUCCAAGGUGAAACGGCUUGGCAGAGUUUUAGAUCCUUCUCGCAGAAGUGAAACCCACAACGCAAUUAUGAGAGAUCUGAUGAUGCUCGAGAAUCAGUUACCCUUGUUCCUCUUGGAGAAGCUGCUGGAAAUUGAGUUGGGUUCUCAAGCUAAGGCGGAAGAAAGGCUAUGCAAUCUGGUGAAUCUCGCCUGUAAAGAAUGGUCACCAUUUAUGUUGAAGAUGGGGAACAGUUCAAGGCUGUGUAUAAAAGAGAGGGGUCACAUAUUGGAGGUGCUCUAUUACUCUAUUGUCCCUGCAGCAGCCAUGGACCAUACCGUUUCUAGGAAGGCAAAGGAAGGGAAGGUCCCGUUGACGGAUUCAAGCUAUUUAACGCGUGCUCUGAAAGCUUUAUGGAAGGCUCUCUCCUCGUUAAAAAUCGGGUUUGUUCAACUUGUCUCCGCACUCCCUGACCGUGUCUUGCAAGGAAGGCCUGCCCAGUUUGUGACACAGUUGUCCACGAAUCUUGUUUCCGCUUUUGAAACUCUUUCAAUCAAGCGCAAAGAUGAAACGGAUGACGAAAAAGAUGAGGAGAGUGGAUAUUCGUCUGCGGAAACUCCUCCUACACGCGACGAACUAGCUAUUCCCUCCGUCUCCGAGUUGUACUCAGCAGGAGUAAAAUUCCGUCCAACCGAGGGAGACGUUACCACAAUUCGCUUCGACCAAAAAACUGCAACUCUUUAUCUUCCCAAAUUGAGGUUGGAUUCCCACACCGAAGUAGUUCUCAGAAAUCUGGUGGCAUUCGAAGCUUCGGCGGCUCCUGGUGCUUUGAUCUUCACUCGCUACACCGAUUUCAUGAACGGCAUCAUCGACAGCGUUGAAGAUGUCCGGCUGUUGAGAAAGAGUGGGAUUAUCUACAAUCACCUGACAGACGACGGAAAAGUGGCAAGCCUGUGGAACGGCCUGGGUAAAUGCGUCAAAUUGACGCGAGUUAAAUAUUUGGACCAGGUUAUAGCGGACGUCAACAAGCAUUAUAACAACAGAUGGAGCGUUGCUCUGAAGAAGCAUGUGAACAAGUACAUAUUUGGUUCAUGGCAGCUCCUCACAGUUGUGGCCACGGGGAUACUUCUGCUUCUGACAUGCUUCCAGGCUUUUUGUUCUGUGUAUGACUGUAAGCGUUGGUGGAGCGACAGUAAUAUUUUGUAGGACUAAGGCAAUCGGAAGAGUUUUAUCUUGUAAUUACGGAUGCUGACAUCCAUUUCUUCUCUUUGAAAUACUUCAUUUACAUUGACAGGGUACAAGAGUUUUGUUUUUUGAGGCGGGUUCAACUCUGCCUUUAGGUAUGCUGCCAUUGUCAAGCAUACUGCCCUUACAAAACACAUUUGAAAUUUUCGUGGUGUCUAUUGAA